CUUGGAACACAGACCAUUGGCUGAUCCCAACCAGGGGCGGGAUACUGUGGCCCUUAAAAGUUGCUCCCCUGUUCACUUGCCUACAAGACAAUCUUGAUUUAUCCCAGAGAGAGAACGGAUAAGACAGAUUUUUAUUUUUUUUUAAAAAAAAAAAUCUAAGAACACAGCCUUACUCAAGAAAUAAAGAUGAAACUUCAAAUUAUCUGCAUGCUCUUCAUUUUACUGAGUGCUGCCACCAGAAACCUCUGCGCAUUCACAAUUCAGAGAGAUGUCCAGAAAGACUUGGCCAGUUUGGACACCUACAAAACAGAAACCACGGGACUGCAGGCAUUGUUAGGAAGACCCAAGCGUCACGUCAGUCACAUAGCGCUGUGCAGAUAUUGCUGGGACUGUUGUGGAAACAAGGGUUUUGGCUACUGCUGUCGGACAUGAAGAGGACAUGUCCUACUGCUAUGGAGAUGCCUCUCUCCUUGUAGAAAUGACCACCUCAAAAAAAACCUCCUCACAUUGAUCUCCAGGUCUCCUGAUACAUUUUCCUUAUUUAUUAGUUUGACAAUAUUUGGUGUUUUUGUUUUGCUUGAUGUUCUUGUCAGUUCUUGAGAAUUAAACAUAUU